UCGAAACCCUUCGAAUAUUCAGACCGCAAUUACUCCGAUUUUCUUCAUUGACAAUUUAUAUUAACAAUAAUUAUUUAAAAUUAUGAAAUUUCUUAUUUUAGUUUUCAUUUUUUCGCGGAUGAUUUCCAGUAUUUCCGGUCAAUCCGUGCAUUCUGUACCUCUCGGGUCUGAAGCGAGUUUCCAUUGGAGGGUGAAUUCCGGGGAGGAAAAUGUUGUAGUUGAGGUUCACUAUUCAGGUGAGGAAUUCUCGUGGUUUGCAGUUGGAUUUUCCGAUCGUGGAGAAGUCAAACCGUCGGACUAUUGCAUAUUGUGGAUCGAUUGGCACCGAGGCGUCAAUUUCCACGACGCAUGGGCAGAUGAUACUGGAAGAAUCCAGAUUGACUCGAGUCAAGAUUGCACUGAUUUUGCGUGGAAGAAGCCAGACACGAAAAACGUGACUAAAUUCACUUUUACCCGAAAGUUUGACACCUGUGACGAGCGUGAUUACAUUAUCGAGAGGGGCACCACCCACAUCGUCUGGUCGAGGGGACGAGGGCCCCUUUCCUCCCUCGAUGGAUUAAAUAUCGUCGCGGACUCCACGACAUCGGGAAUGUCGAGGACUGAAUUACUCAGGCCGGAUAAUCACAGGAAAAUUAAUUUUCCACCUGACACAUGGAAAUUUCAACUUAUCGCUGAUCAAGUGCGAGUUCCGGAUGUGGAGACCACGUAUUGGUGCCGAGUACAACGACUACCUGACGCUCUAAAGCACAAACACCAUAUACUGCAGUUUGGCCCAGUGAUUGAAAAAGGUAAUGAGCACUUGGUGCAUCACAUGGAAAUUUUUCACUGCGCUGGACCUCGAGAUGCCCCGGUGCCGGCGUAUAGUGGACCUUGUGAUGCCCCGGAUCGCCCUGAAGGCACUCAAAUAUGCAAAAAGGUGCUGGCAGCAUGGGCGAUGGGUGCUGAUGCAUUUAUCUACCCGGAGGAGGCGGGAUUAUCAAUCGGAGGGGAGACAUUUAAUCCCCACGUGAUGCUGGAGGUACAUUACAACAAUCCCGAAUUGCAAAAAGGAAAAAUCGAUUCCUCCGGUAUCGAAUUUCACUUGACGAAAACAUUACGGAUGUAUGACGCUGGAGUCAUUGAACUCGGUCUGGAGUAUUCCGACAAAAUGGCUAUUCCUCCGCAACAGGAAAUAUUCGAGCUGUCUGGCCACUGUGUGACGGAAUGCACUGGAGUUGGACUUCCUCAAGAUGGAAUUAAAGUUUUUGGGUCUCAACUUCAUACUCACCUGACAGGAACGCGUGUCAAGACCCGACACAUCAGGAACGGCCGGGAAUUAUCACCUCUCAAUUAUGAUGAUCAUUAUUCAACGCAUUUCCAGGAGAUUAGACUGCUGCCGGAAUCAGUUCAUGUGUUGCCGGGUGAUUCUCUAAUUACCACCUGCACCUACAACACAAUGGAUCGUCAAAACGUGACCUUGGGGGGUUUCGCUAUUUCUGAUGAGAUGUGUGUUAAUUAUAUUCAUUAUUAUCCCAACGCUCGACUCGAGGUCUGUAAAAGUGCGAUAAGUGAUGAUGCCCUUCGGACAUACUUCAGGUACAUGAGGGAAUGGGAAAAUCAGAAAACUGAUUUCGAUGAUGCCAUUUCCCGCAGCUAUGGGAAUAUCGAGUGGACGAAAAUUCGAGUGGCUGCACUUCAUGAUUUGUAUCAAGCUGCACCUCUCGGCAUGCAGUGUAACGGAUCAGACGGUUCUCGUCUUCCCGGACUCUGGGAUAACAUCGCAGCAACACAAGUAAAAUUGCCUCUAGCACCACCUCCUCGGGAUUGUCCACAACUCUCAUCGCACCUGAAUGAUCUCCACCAGUGAGAACCACCCCGAAAUCUCAAUCCUCAGUAUUUCUGUUUUUAUAGUGAUCUUGAAUUCCCAAUGGAAAACGCAUUUUCUCAUCAAUUACACACGAAAAAAAAUUCCUUUUCUUUCUCAUUGUCAUCGUCUAGAGAAAUAUCAUGAUUAUUAUCGGAACCUAGUCGGAAUCACUGGGAAAUUACACAAUUGGAUACAAGAUUUGGAAAGAAUAUGAAAUCCUCUGAAGUAAAUGGAUUCUUGGCAAUUUAUUUUCUCAGUCUAGUUGUUGAAUGAUGAGAAUAAUGAGAAAAUUUAACUUUUCGUAGAUUCACACCAGCACUUCGGCCUCAAUGGAGAAUUCAUUUACUUUUGCGUAUAUUCCCAGAGUAUUAUAAUCAACCUCUAGUUUCUCCAAUGAUAACGACAAAUUGCUAGCGAUAUUUUUGUGCUUUCGUGAU